AUGUUUGUCGAUGGAUCGGUGGCUGUUGUGUCGGUGAGGAUCGAGUGCAGCCUCGUCAGCGAAGGGGCCAGACAGCUGAGUGAUCGCGCCUUCCAGCAAGCACUCGUGCCUGCCUUGUUUGCUGCUGCAGCCCUCCUGCCCUCACCGACAGCCUUUGGUCUUGCAAAGGCGUCGACACCACCACGGCUUCGGCCCUGCUCCUCCUCAACCUUCAAAUUGUCUCUACUCGACCAGCUCCUCACGUUCUCAACAACAUCCCGCCCCCGCCGUUUGCCGUCGUCUAAGAAAGAGCUUGAGCGCGCGUUCUUUUUGUCCGCCGCCAACCAGACCCUCGAAUCACCCAACCCUCAGCUGCCGCAUAGGACGCUCUCGGAGGUUCUUCCUCUCGUAGAGGAAGAGUCGGGGAGACCUCGCCCACAACCAAGCCUCGGCUUCGCGCCUUUCAAGCCGCCUUAA